AUGGCUCUAAUACAAAGAGACCCGGCAUGCAUUCUCAGCUGCCUCGCAGCCUGCUUCUCCACCACUGCCCUUGCCACUUUCAUUACAUUGUUUGCAGCUUCGGUACUGGUACCUACUCCUAUACAUAUGCAUGCAUUGGCCGCUGCUGUAUUUGACAUACUGGCGAUUGCAAUUCUUUUCGUAUUCGUCGUCUUUUACACUUGCACUGCCCGGAAUCUGCAAUCUUGGAAAUGGACUCUAGCCACUGCAAUUCUGUUGCCGUUCACUGUCGCCAUGAUUCUUUCCAUUUAUGUUCUCGGCUGGAUGUACAACAAUCUACCUCUCAUCAAGACACAUGGUCCGUCAGAGCACCUUGGAUCUAUGGUUGCUGCCGCUCUUGCAAUGUGGGCAUUCUCGCUCAUCUCUAUUGGCGUCUACUGCAUCCUCUACAGAAGACAAGGAUCUUCGUUGCCGGAUUCUGUCAUCUUCACCUCAGAUCCCCUCCGAAGUUACGUUGACGUUGCUGAGCACAAGACCCAUGCCCUCUCCUUGAACACACUCUCGCCCUACACACCUAAUUUCAACCGACCAGUAUCAACAUUUUCCGAUGUUUCCGAUCAAUCGACGGGCAUCAAGUCUAGCGUUCGUAACUCUGUUCAGCAGUUCCUCCGACAUGGCAAGAGUACAAAGAACACGCCGAAGCAAUCAAAGGAGAGUUCGCGCUCGGACUCGACCUCAGAACGUAGACCCUCCGACGGUUUCGAAACUUGGAAUGUUGCUACUCCUACUACAGUGGAGCCGACUAGUACCCUAUCAGCAUUGCGCACCGCACAGUCACACCGACUUGAGACCAUCCCUGGCAGCAGACCAGUGUCUCCCGCUUACCCCCUUGACGGACCUUUUCCUGAGGCGAGCGAAGAAGACGAGGAGGCCGACGAAGUACCCGAAUCGCCUGCCUUUCCUCCAUUUGCACCUUCUCUGAAUCGCCGCCCAUCGAACCAACAACUCAACCAGGACCAGUCACAUAUUCAUCCCUUGUUCCGCAGCGACAGUCCUGUUCCUUCCCCAGCUGCGUCCCCUGGCACCAUAAUCACUUCAUCACCAUUCGCUGGCCAGGUCGUGAGCCCAAGUGAUGUCGCUUUUGGAUCUCGCAGCCGUAAAGGCUCUGCGUUGAGUUCGCGACCUUCCAGUCCCAACCCCAGUCUAGUCCGCGCUGCUAGUGCGCUCAGCCUCAGCAGACCCGCCAGCUCGCGGAGCAUCAGGGGCCUUACUGCACAGCAGUCUCAAAGACCGCGUGUAGUCAUGAGUCCCAGUCUUGGUGACUUGAGAGCCGAGCACGACAAGUUCAUCACAAAGCCAAGACCGGCGCUGCACAAGCGUGAACGAUCCGCUUGA